AUGAGCCGCGGGGACAACCAAAUGCCGAGCAUCUGCUUCGACGAUGACUAUCAGGUGCGCGUGCUGGACAAGGACAACAUCACGCACACACAGGAGCUUGAGCAGGAGAGCAACCAGUUUGCAACAAAGCUCGAGGAGUUCCAUGAGAUCGUCAAGGGCGUGCUGGAGGUGAUGGAGGGACAGGCAAAGCGCAUUGAGCGAGAAAAACUUAAGGCAAUCGGUCAGCGCAACCGCGUGGACAGCGAGGUGGAGAAUCGGAAUCGACAGAAGCAGAUGCUGGAGCUGCUGAUCAAAGAGAAGAAGACAGAGCUGGAACGAUACAACCUCCAGUUCCAGUCGCUGAGCAAGAUCGCCGACGAGCAGCAAGCGCUCAUGGACAAGCUCAGCAACAACGAGGCGUAG